ACGCUCGCUACCCACUACCUACAUCAACACUUCCAUCGGCCUGAUACACACCUGUCUAAUAGUUUUCCGUUCUUCUCACCGUCCUUGGACGUCGCUGUCACCAUGUGGGACGGUCUUUUCAUGCUGCUCGCCCUGAGCGCAAUCAUGGGCAUCGCCUCCUUUCUGGCUGGCAUCCUCCCACUCUCCCUAACACUCACCCAACGCCAAUUGCGCGUCGUGUCCCUCUUCGGCACCGGUGUGCUCGUUGGUACCUCGCUGAUUGUCAUCAUUCCCGAGGGUAUUGACACCAUGUACUCGGCCGCCAUACAGAGCCAUGCUCACCAAGUUCCGCAUCCACAACCAAAGAUUCCCUCCACCAAGGGCCAACAGAGAGGCGCAAACCAGCCCGUUGAUUUUGUACCCACCCAGCGCUCCGACCAAAGCGAUACGAGUUAUCUGCGGAGCGGAGCCUCCGGCGCUCGGGACGCUACUAACAUCGUGGUCAAGCGAACUCCAGAGAACCCCUUAUGGGAUCAGGUCCAGCGCACCACCGACACUGAAACCGACAAGGAGAAGCAGGAAGACAACCGUCCUCAGCCGCAGAAAGGAGGCGAUGACGAUUCUACCGAGGGCCACAAAGAGGGCCACACACGAGUACAUGGUCCGGAGGAGGAGGAGGAAGACAAGACUCCGCAAGCUCACGAGGAGAUCGAAGGUCCGCACGCAUAUAUUGGAGUUGCUUUGAUUCUUGGCUUCAUCCUCAUGUUCCUCGUUGACCACCUUCCCGAAGCUCUGGCUCCAUCCAAACCGCAGUACCAGUCCCUCCACAUCUCACUUUCCAAUCUACAUCGUGGACCCCACAAUUCGUCUGCCGUCAGUUUAAACGCGAUGAACGGCGGCGAAUCUGCACCGCUUACCCCUUUGCCUCAAGCCAGACAAGAGCCACGAUCAUCUGCCACCACCAUUGGCCUCGUGAUUCACGCUUGCGCCGACGGUAUUGCUUUAGGCGCAUCUUCGACCGCACCGUCAACUUCGCUUUCUCUCGUCAUCUUUCUGGCCAUUAUGCUGCACAAAGCCCCCGCUGCGUUCGGUCUGACCACAGUGCUACUAAAACAAGGACUCUCAAAGCGAACCGCUCGCACCCAUCUCGCCUUCUUCAGUUUGGCUGCGCCUGCCGGUGCAUUCGUGACAUGGGCGGUUGUACACAUGCUGGGCCGUGCGCGGCUCGGCGGUGAUGACGGACUGCUUUGGACUACCGGAUGGGUGUUACUUUUCUCAGGAGGAACAUUCCUAUAUGUCGCGAUGCACUCCAUGACGGAAGCUACAACCGGCCACGACGAGACCCCCGUCAAUGGCUACAUUGAUCAUGGUACGAGCAAGGACGGUCUUGCUAAGAGCGACAUCUCCAUUGUCCUUGCUGGUCUGCUUCUGCCCCUCCUUACACAGGUCGGCCAUGUGCACUGA